CCAGGGCAUGCGGUUCGUGCUGAAUAAAGAGGGACGUCAUUUCGCACCUGUGGAUUCGGACGGGUUUGGGGCUGUGUUUGCCAUCAGCAACGUGAGCCGGGAGGACGGCGGGAGCUACAACUGCUCCUAUCACAGCCAAUCGGCGCCGUUCGCCGUGUCGGACCCCAGCGACCCUGUGGAGCUGGUGGUGAGAGAUCCUGGCUUAUCCAGACCCUCCAUCUCCCUGAGCCCCACCGGAGUCACCGCCCCAGGGGCAGACGUCACCAUCUGGUGUCAGGGGCAGCGCCAGGACGUGAGGUUCUUCCUGCACAAGACUGGAGACCUGAACCCGCAGCAACACAUGGACCCUGCUGGGGCCGGGGCCGAGUUCCGCAUCCCCACCGUGGGCCGGCAGCACGGAGGGAACUACAGCUGCAGCUACCGGCCCCGGUCAGAGCCCUUCGUCUCCUCGCAGCCCAGUGACCCCGUGCAGUUGGUGAUAGCAGGAACCUGGAUCCAGCCGUGCAGGGAAGAGAAUCUCCCCGGGGGACAAGUGGAUUCCCAUGGGGUGCAGAGACGCUGGCACAAACGCCCUGCCCCCAAACACCCCUGCCUCGGAGAAUCGCCCCACCAAACAGCUCCCGAGCUGACGGCAGUGUGACGGGUUCGGUUACAGAGACCCCCUUGGGACUGUCACCUGAUGUGCUGAGACGCCCUCUGAGCCCUUUUUUUCCUGCCACUUUGGGUCUCUAGAAACCUGCCUUGUUGAGCAGGACAUGCAAGCCUGCUGCAAACACAGACCCAGGGUCUGAACUGUGCCCCCAAAGCUGCACUUAACUGAAAACAGCUUGAGAAGUGCUCCUGUCUUCAGCACCCAGACACUCGGCUCCCAAUGGAUCCAAGCCUCAAAUAAAUCCAUUUUACUCUGUAAAGCUUAUACAGGGUAAACUCAUAAAAUGUCCGCUCUUUGUAACACUGAGAGAUAUG